AUGGAUCCCUACGAUCUUACUAAUGAAGAAGGCCUUCAGCAAUACCUCGAAGCGAACCAAUUCCCAGCAGCUAGCGUUCAGCUCCUCUCAGGAGGCAAUGCAAAUUACGUCUUCCGCGUCACGAAGCACGACGGCUCCACGAGCAUCUUCAAACAUGCAGAGCCUGUUCUGAAACUCAACAAGGACUUUGCACUCGAUCCCGCCCGCAUGGAUUAUGAGGUCCGGAUUCUAGAAGCACUAUCUUCCACGAAGAGCCCUCUACCCACGAGCCCUAUCAACUCGCACGUACACGCGGCGAAGUUGUUGCACUAUGACCGAUCGGAAAAGCUACUCCAAAUCGAGGAUGGCGGUCGCCGUAACCUGAAGGACGCUUAUACGGACCCGAAGCUCGAUAUGUCGUCGAUUGGAGAGCAGCUUGCCAGAUGGCUCACUGCACUGCAUACUGCAGCAAGGAAUUUCUCGCUCGCCUCACCAGAUCAGGCUGCGGACAGCAAUAACAAUCCCAUUGCUGUCAGCGUGUACCGUUACUCGUACAACGAUCUGCACACCGCAUUGACGCAGUUUGGUCACGACCCCCAGCUUGCCGAUUUUGUCAACGAAAAGUUCGGCAGUCUACUCGCAACAGACGACGAGUGCAUCUGCCAUGGCGACUUCUGGCCUGGAAACAUCCUCGUCCGAGACCUUGAGUUGCAGCUGGUUGAGCUGACCGUCGUGGAUUGGGAGAUAGUGCGUCGUGGUACCAGCGCAACGGAUGUCGGUCAGUUCGCUGCCGAGGCAUUUCUUCUUGAUCGCUUUCGAGGUGGUAGAGGAUUGCUCAGUGCGUUCUUGAAUGCAUAUAUCACAGCUCGUGGGCACGCAGAGGUGCUCGGCAAGGCGUGGCUGACGAGGAUGGUGGUGCAUUGGGCAGUUCACAUUGCAUUCUGGCCGACUAGAAUUGCGUGGUCUGAUCCGGAAGAGACUAGGUCGCUCGUUGAUAUUGGCGUUGCUACUUUGCAGAAUGUCCUCAAUGACGAUUGGGAGAAGGUUCUGCAGUCACCGCUGUUGAGAGAUGUGAAGGAAGCGCACUCUACGCUAUUGUCUCGACCAUGA